AUGAUGACACAUAAUAUUGAUGAAACAAAUGAUGGUACAAACACUGCUAGUUCUGAAUCACCAACUCAAAAUGAUGAUUCAUCAAGUGUGAAUGCUGAAGAACGGAGUGAAAGUACUUUACAAAUCAUGUCAAGUGGUCAAGGUGAUGUUGAUAGUAUUUUUGAAUCUUUGGUUGGUGAAAAAAAUGAGAAUAUUGAAGAAAUCAUGAAGUUGUACUCAGAUCAUGCUAAAAGCUUUAGUUCUUCAAGCAGUCUAACUGAAUCUAAGAAGAGAAAUGUACAAAUAACAAAGACAGAUUGCAAGGCUUUUGUGAGGAUUAAGUUGAAUGCUACUGGUGGUUUAUAUGAAGUCGUAGAACAUAUUUUAGAGCAUAAUCAUCCACUGACUAGACCAGAGUUAAGCUAUAUGCAUCGUUCUAAUAGAGCAAUUACCGAUGAAAAUGCUAUAGUUAUUGAAGAGAUGAUGUCAUCUGGGAUGAGACCAACUGAUGUGUAUAGAUAUAUGGCACAAGAAGCAGGGGAUGAGGAUAUGAUUGACUAUACAAAGAAAGACCAUUUAAAUUUUGCACAUAGGCUAAAAAUCUUAGCCAUAGAAGGGGGUGAUACACAAGGCCUUUUGAAUAUUUUAGAAAAUCAAUCUGCUGAACAUGAGGACUUUUUCUACAGAGUUCGAUUAGAUGAAGAUAGGAGAUUAAGUCACGUGUUUUGGAGGGACUCAAUGAUGAAAGAUGACUUUUUGAUCUUUGGAGAUGUUAUGGUCUUUGAUGCUACAUAUGGAACCAACAAAUACAAUCUCAUUUGUGCACCUUUUGUUGGAUUGAAUAACCACAAGAACAAUGUGAUGUUUGGAUGUGCAUUCUUGUCAAAUGAAAAGAUUGAUACUUUUGUAUGGUUAUUUGAAACAUUUAAGAAAUACAUGGGGGGUAAAAGUCCUAUAUCACUGUUCACGGAUCAAGACUUGGCAAUGUCUAAAGCAAUUGAAAAAGUUUUUCCAUAA